CGUUCGCUCAUCAGGUGGAUCAUCAAAUAUACAAGUAGUGAAACAGCCAUGCUGCACCCUUGAGCUGCACCUUCACCAUGGCCAGUAAAAGGAGCCGCGCCGCCUUUGAGGCAGACUUGCAGGCCCGCCAGUCUCCUUACGCGUUAUACGGAACCCCAUUGCCCCCAUUGGACGAUAGCGUGCGAGACGACGGAUCAUAUGCGCCCAUCUGGAAGCAGGAGGUGACCGAUGACCGGGGAAGGAAACGCCUACAUGGUGCCUUCACCGGUGGAUUCAGUGCCGGGUGAGCUCACGAUCCAUGUAUAGCGUUGGACAGCACACUAAAGGUGGCCCAUCUUCAGGUACUUCAACACCGUCGGGUCGAAGGAAGGAUGGACUCCAGCAACCUUUGUGUCUUCGCGCCAGAACCGCGCCAA